AUGGUGGCCCAACUGCUAGGGCCGGUCUUUCUACUCCUACUUCACUCUGCAAGCUCGCAGAACAUCAAUGGCGAGGUGGUGUACCGUGACAACACUAUGUAUGGUGUGGUGAACAAAGCUGUCAUCCUAGAGUGUGGUACCACCAUACCUGACAUGUACAUAUGGAGCUUCACCAGACCCGGCACUGAAGCCAUCAAAGCGGUGGUGUAUAACUUGGGCCAAGGUCCCAAGAUCCAGAAGCUGGCCCAGACACUUGGGGAGCUGACAGUCAUUUCCAAAAGUGCUGACAUCAGCAUCGACAAGCUGCCUGUGGCAGCACAUGGCCUCUACACUUGCCAGGCGUUCUAUGACAUAGAAGACACGCCCAAGGUCUACUACUACUACGUGCACCUCAACGUCAGAAUUCCAGUCACAAAGCCGCGCCUCCUGGUGAGCGAUGUGUCUCCAGUGGAAGGUACAACAAUAUGGAUGCAAUGUAAUCUGGACAAUGGCACAGGGCCGAUCCAGUACAUGUGGCAACAAGAAAGCCACCAUGGAAACAUCUCAGCGUCCACACAGAGCAACACCAGCGUGGUCAACAUGACAGAUGUGAACCGCAACCAUACAGGGUGGUACCGCUGUCUUGCUAGUAACGCCGUCAACAGUGAGGCCUCGGAUCGGAUAUGGCUGGAUAUUAUCUUUGGUCCAGAUAUCCCUCAGAUCGAAGUGACGCCGUACACUCUGACCGAGCGGGGUUACUCGGCUCUGGAGCGAGAGACAGUGUCUCUGCAGUGUCAAGCUCAUUCCAACCCGCCCAGUCAGUACGUCUGGUUCUACAACAACUCUCAAGUGUACAGCGGGCCACAGUUCACAAUCACCAAGGUCCUCCGCAUGCACACGGGUGACUACGCCUGCCUGGCGCAGAACACCUACCUCAACACACGCUCCAAAAAGACCAUCAGCCUGACUGUCUACUAUCCACCAGAUGGUUCUCCUUCCUGCUCCAUGAAACCAGCCCUGAAUCACACCUCCCUGAGACUGCUCUGUUCCUGGACGGGUGGUUUCCCGACCGCGUCUGUUCACUGGGCCGAACACCUGAGACGUGCAGGGCAAGUCGAGGACGACAGGGGGCACACCAGCGGCAUCUUGCUGCCCUCUGAAGGCCUUGUUUCCAACAGGAGCAUGUUUAAGUGCAUGGGUUCUCACCCUGCAUUGAAACAACCAGUGGAGUGCAGCACACGUGCAUAUCUCCCUGCUUCAGAACCGGCAUGUUUAGCCUACGUGACAACCAACAGGCAGUAUCUCAUGUUGUCCUGCUCUUGGGACGGAGGGACCCCGAAUGCUCUGGUGUGGUGGGAAGGCCCUGGUGGCCAUGGAAAACCAGGGGAAGAGAAUUCUAAUGUUUUAAUCCUUCGCUAUGGAACAGCUCGUAGUGGGAAACCCUACACCUGCCACGCAAAACAUCCACUUCUGGUUCAAACUAAGAUCUGCAGACUCACACUGGAGGCUCCUGUGUUGCUAACGCAGCGGAGUGUUGUGUCCGUGUAUGAGGGGGCCGACGUGCAACUCUCCUGCAACCUGAGGGCCAACUACUUGCCCACUAGUGAAAUAACUUGGUUCAACAAUCACGGUUUGGACGUUCAGGACACGUCCAAGUAUACGCUACUGCGAACAUCAGCGUGGGCCAACCUGACCGUGCGAGACACAGAUCAGAUUCAAGACAGUGGCGAGUACAGGUGUUCCUCCACCAAUGCUGUGGGAGGAGCUGACCUCAACAUCACAUUAGUGGUCAAGAAACACCCAAUGCCACCCAACGCCACCCUGCUCAGGGUGACCUACAUCAGCCGGCACCGCAAUGAAGUCGAGCUGGAGUGGAAGAUCGAGGGUGAGGCCCAACAAGGCUGGACCGGUUUCAUUGUGCAGCACAAAUGGGUGAACGAGCACCCGGGGAGGAGAUUAAGCGGCAACGAUUCUAAAGAAGACAGGGUUGGUCCCUCAGUUUGGCAUCAUAGUAUCAUCCAGGACCCAGAUGUCAGGAUUCAAACAGUGGGGAGGCUGACACCCACAGCUAGAUACCAGUUCCGUGUCACUCCUUUCAACCACAGAACCAUCGGGCACCCCUCUGCUGCAAUAAUGCCAGCCGAGCCGCGUUCUACUAACUACCCUGCUGUGAUCGGAGCAGCAAUAGGGGGGAUGCUCUUUGCAGCUAUUGUCACAGUGCUGCUGCUCGUCUAUAUAAUCCGCAAUCGCAACAACAACCCUCGACUACAUGACAUGCUGUUUGGCCUGCAACACAGCCAGUCCAGAGAGAACAUCAACUUCCCUGAGGAUGAGAUCGUCAACGGGACGGAGGGGGAAAUGGGCGGUUCAUCUAGUCCAACACUGGCUUUACCCAGGGCGUCCUCACCCUUAACCACCUCCCCUACUGCUGGCCAAGCCCCUCCCACAGGAGACGACGAACCCGUCAAUGUCACCAUUACUGUCAAGGCAACCGGCUCCUAAAGCACGGUACUACAGGCAAGGCCGCCUAGUAGUUUCCAAGACUGCGACAAUUCAAGUGUCUAAUUUAUUUACCACUAACUGUCUGGCAUAUACAGUAAACAUCCUUUUUGAAUCUUUUAUUUCAGUACUAUGUUAAGUGACAUAAGAAGGGGUGUCACAUCUUGACGCACAUUGGAUCAAUAAUAGUGUGUUAAAUUAAUGACAACACACACGCAAAAAACAGUACAAGCAAACGGCUUGACGAGAACACAAUAAAAACAUA